CGCAUAGGAGGGAGGAAGUGAAAACUACCGACUUUCGUUUCCUUCGUGAAACUUAUUUUUACCUUGACGUUGUGCCUGGGAAAGGGGAAGUAAAUGUAGAUAUCAGAGGUGGGCUGAGUGUUUCUGUCUCAUCGGGUGGACAAAUUUCAGAAACACGAUGGAGGCAGCUGACGUGGCACCACUGCUCCCGGAUGAGCUUGAAGCACCUCCUAAUGCCGCCCUGAAUGAGCUGCUGAAUGUGGGGCAGGAAGCCGACAUGCAGGGUCAGGUGGAGGAGUUUCUGGCCCCGCAGGCAGAGUACAAUGAAGAGGAGGAGGAGAGGAAAUAUUACAGGAGGAAGAGGCUGGGAGUCAUUAAAAAUGUUCUUGCAGCCAGUUUAGGAGCCAUGAUUGUGUACAGUGUGUACAUGGGUCUCCUGCAGAUGCAGCUGAUUCUCCAUUAUGAUAUGACCUACCGGGAGGUGAAGUAUAGCAACCUUGGUUUGGAGGACAUUGACCGUAAGAUGCUGAUGGGCAUUAACGUCACUCCCAUCAUAGGCCUGCUGUACACCCCCAUACUUAUCAGGUUUCUAGGAACCAAGUGGAUGAUGUUCCUGGCUUCGGGAAUCUACGCACUCUUCGUCUCAACCAAUUACUGGGAGCGAUAUUACACCUUGGUUCCAUCAGCAGUAGCCAUUGGCGUGGCAAUUGUGCCAUUGUGGGCCUCCUUGGGAAGUUAUAUCACUAGGAUGGCCCAGCAGUACUAUGAAUAUGUCAACUACAAGGAGGAACACGUGCAGGAGCAGAAGAAGCUUCCUAAGGGGGCGUGCAACAGCUACAUCAUAGUUUUCCACUCAGUCUUUUAUAUCAUCUUCCAUCUGAGUUUGGUCUUUGCGGAGUUCCCCAUGUUUUUUGUCCUUAACGAUUACCUGCGUGAGAGCGACCACAUUCUCAGUAGUGUCACUUCCUGCGGAGCAAAUAUCAGUGGCGUGAUCCCCGGCUUCAACACCACCGUGCUGAAAAACCUGCCUGCCUCCAUGCUGCUUAUCAAGGUGGAAAGUGUCCUGAUGGGCUUCGCCUUCCUCGCAAUGAUCAUCUUCCUCGUGCUGUGUGGUGCUGCUUACCGUCCCACAGAAGAGAUUGACCUCCGCAGUAUCGGCUGGGGAAACAUCUUCCAGCUUCCUUUCAAACACCUGAGAGACUACCGGCUGCGACUGCUCUGCCCGUUCUUCAUCUACAGUGGACUUGAAAUGAUGUUUGCCAUCACUGGAUUCUCUUUGUCCUAUGGUGUGUGCGUUUUGGGUCUCAAAAAGCUGUGGCUCCUGAUAGUGGUAUACGGCCUCUCCUGCUCCAUAUUUUCCUCCCUCUCCCUUUGCCUCCUGCGCCUCCCGCGAUGGCUGUGCCUAAUCGGAGGUGCUUUUGUGCAUGGAGUGCUGCUGGUGGCUCUCAUGGCGUUCUCUCUAACGAAGAACCAACCAUCUUAUCAGGCCCCUCUGCUGGUUAUCUCUGUGCUGUGGGGACUUGGCACCGCCCUCAACAAGACGGGUGUCAGCAUUUUGGUUGGUAUGCUGUACUCUGAGGAUAAGGAACGUCUGGACUUUGUCUAUACUAUCUAUCACUGGUGGCAGGCCAUCGCGAUCUUCAUAGUCUACCUCUGGUCCCACCUGCCAAUGAGGGCCAAGCUCUCCAUCCUGUUGGCCACUUUGCUGCUGGCCUGUUACUGUUAUUGGUUGAUGGAGAGUCGGCUGGCCAUGAAAGUUCAAUACAGACUGCCUCGCAUCCCUCGCCCACGGCACAAGGUCAAAGGCUACCGUUACCUGGAAGAGGACAACUCAGACGAGUCUGACUCUGACAAGAGUGAGGAGGAUGAGGAAGAGGACAGGGGGAGUUUUGCAGGGGAGAUGGGAGCAGAUGACGGGGAGGAAGGAGACCAAGAAGUGGGGGCCCCCAGGGCUGACUCACCCGGAGCAAGGAGGAGAAUGGCUGGGGGUCAGCGACCCAGAGAGGAGGAUGCCAAUGUGCAGUAGGAAGAGGGGAAGGAGCGUCAUGGAGGGUAAGCGUGGAGAAAAAAGGAGCAGAAUCAGAGGAGAUGUCUGUCAGAUAUCAUACAGAAGAGGAAGUUAAUGCUGUUGUGUUUUUGUCCCCUCAUAUUCUCACAGAUAUUUAUACACAUAUAUGAAUCUUACAUAUUUUACCCAUCAAAGCUUUUUUACCUUUUUAAUAAUCAUCAUAACUGUGAUCCAGAAGAAAGGGUAAAAAACACAACAUUAUAUUGCAUUUUAAACAACAGGUAUGACAAUCUUAGAAGCACAUUUUGGAUAAAACAAGCUUAGAACUUGCAAAACAAACCAAAAAGUUUGUUCUGCAGUUUGUGGCUCAAUAAUUGAAUGUCUUAUAAUAACUAGUAGUUGUUGUUGUUGGGCUUUGCUAAGAAGGGAACAUAUUCUGUAACACUUUGGUAUUGAUUUUUAAAAGUAGAAUUUAUCAGACAUGAAAGAACUGAAAGAGACGGAGCACAAAUUAGUCAUUGAUUUUCUGAAUCCUCCUCAGGGUGACAUUGUUUGAAUGGAGUUGUUUUUAGAGAGUCCUGUUCAAUGUGAACAGGAUGAACAGACACGCAAUUUUCAGUCCUUGAUAUGAUACGCUACUCUCUAAAGAAAACCCACCGUGUAGCUUGAUGUAUCUCUUUGGAAGAGUGAAACAUCCUUUUUACAGAAAAUAUAAAUAAUAUGAAUGUAUGUCAAUACACAUAGCUCAUAAUGCAACAGGUACGGGCAGUCAGUCAAGUUCAAUGCUCGUGAGGUUUGCAAUUUGAAAACAUUUGCCACACGAAUCUGAAUAUGUGAAUUGUCUCAAUAGUGAACAUGCUAAUGUUAGCAUGCUAACAUGCUCAAAGUAACAAUGUUUAUAUGUUUAUAUAUUGGUCUAAAAUGUAUACCUUGCUAAUGUAGCGUGAUAGCAAGCUAAAGAAAAAGCGAAUUUUUCACAGUAAGCAAAAACAGCCAUGGCUGAUAAGGAUGUGUUUUUCAGAUAUUUACUUAUAAACCAAAGGUGUGGAUGAAUUUAAAUUGUAACCCUUAUAAGACAGAAAAAGGGGAAGGUUUCUAGAAAUUCAGUAGAUCACCUUAUUAAUGUAUAUAUUUUGACAAGAAAAUGAAAGUUUGUACAGAAUUAGUGGGGAAGCCAUCUGAGGGCUGAUUAAACAUUUCAUUUAAAUAUCCUGAAAAAAAGAAGGAAGCACCAAAGUGUUUAUGAUUCAUCACCCAGGGACCAUGAAUGUUUGGACAACAUGUAAUGCUAAUGAAUUUAUCCCAUUAGUGAUUUAUGAUACUUCUGUACCGAUGUAUAAAGUUGUUCUGCUAGAGGGGUCACCAAAAACUGUGUUUUUUAGCCAAAAGCUGGUACAGAUAAUGAUGCAUAAAAGGAACUAUGCCAGUCAGUGUCCACAUGCCCAUCAAAAGAAGCAUUGUGACAUUUUACUGAUAAUUAAAUUGUUUAAUUGAAUUGAGAGACUUUCCUGCUUUAAUGCACACUGACUCACUGUCACACUGUCAUUGCUGAUUGGGACACUCAUACAAAUCAGUCCAUCAUAAAUGUUGUUAGUACCUGUAUAUGACAAGUGAAAAUGUCGAUAGUAAAGGAUUUACAAGGUCUUUAGAUACUAGCUAUUGGAUCCAUUAUAGGGAAAAGAGGAAGGGGGGUUGGGGUCUGCAAAAAAGGUUCAAUUGUGUUACUGGCCAUUUUCUGAAAAAAGUCACCUUCUCUGGAAAUAACCUGACUUUAGCACUCUUGGUACUUUUUUAGUUUGUUGGUUUAAUUGGUUUGAUUCUUUCAUUCUGCUGGUUAGACGACAGUUGAAAUGUAUACUGUAGGUACUGUCCAUGACACGAGGUUAAGGGUUAGUUCACCUGUAGUUUAUUCUGUCAAAGUAUAAACAGAAGAAUCUUAGUUAAACUUGCUAUUAGAAAUAGGUCUAGGUUCUCUAGUGGACAUAAUGCAUUCCAUUUUUGCAAUGAAAAGACAUUUUCAGUAAACUGAUGCAAAAGCUAGAGGAUGUUGCACUGAUUUUUUGUAAAAUGAAACUUUGUUCUUCUGUCUUGAAGAAACACAUUAAACACAAUGUUAUUUUGAAGA